UCCUCUACAUCCGGGUACCGACUCCAGCCGCCCAGACUCUGGCACUAUGGUCAUGGCGGAGGGGACGGCAGUGCUGAGGCGGAACAGGCCGGGCACCAAGGCGCAGGAUUUCUAUAAUUGGCCUGAUGAAUCCUUUGAUGAAAUGGACAGUACACUAGCUGUUCAGCAGUAUAUUCAACAGAACAUAAGAGCAGAUUGUUCCAAUAUUGACAAAAUUCUUGAACCACCUGAAGGCCAAGAUGAAGGUGUAUGGAAGUAUGAACAUUUAAGGCAAUUCUGUCUUGAGCUCAAUGGACUUGCUGUCAAACUUCAGAGUGAAUGCCAUCCAGAUACAUGUACUCAGAUGACAGCAACUGAACAAUGGAUUUUUCUUUGUGCGGCUCAUAAAACUCCAAAAGAGUGUCCUGCUAUAGACUAUACUAGACAUACACUUGAUGGUGCUGCAUGUCUUCUGAAUAGCAAUAAAUAUUUUCCCAGCAGGGUUAGCAUAAAGGAAUCAUCUGUAGCAAAACUAGGAUCAGUAUGCCGUAGGAUUUACAGAAUAUUUUCACAUGCUUAUUUUCAUCAUCGACAGAUAUUUGAUGAAUAUGAAAAUGAAACAUUUUUGUGUCAUCGGUUUACUAAAUUUGUGAUGAAAUAUAAUUUGAUGUCCAAGGAUAACCUGAUUGUACCAAUUUUAGAAGAGGAAGUUCAGAAUUCAGUUUCUGGGGAAAGUGAAGCAUGAAGGGAAUCACAUAGAAAAAAUUAAAUUCUAGACCCACAUACUUGGAAAGGAUUUAUUUUUUGCAACAGUGGACUGUUACAUACAAGAUGGUGAUAAUAAUAAGGUGCGUAAAUGAUGUUCCCACUGGAAACCUACCCUGUCCUUCCCUUUUCCUCAUUUUCCUUCACUCCCUCCCCAAACUGCAUUAGCUGAGAAGCUUGUCACUAGACUGUGAUUUAGUGGUGGCUUAUACCUAUUUAUAUAUACUGUAUUGAUUGCUUACAGAUUAUACCUCAUAUUAGCAAUUACACUACAGGAAAAAUGUAUUGGCAUAGGCUCUUGCGCAUCUUUGUUUUGCAAAAUUGUUCUAACUACUUGGAAAACAGGUUUUUAAAUAGUUUAACUCUCUCUGUUAGUAAUAGUAAUCUUUUUAUCCAACCAUCAAGGCAGCAUUUAAAUCGAGUUAAAAAAUAUUGUAGUAUUUAUUUUAUGACCCCUCCCUACAAUGUUUAUGUUUGAAUUAUAUGCACAUGUUAUAUAUUUUUUUGCAGUAAUUUACAGAUUCCAAGGGUGUUGAUAAAUGAUCAUACAUGUUUUGGGCUUUGUUAUAAUUCAGUGUCUUAACAAGGAUUCAAUUGCAGAUUUUAUAGUCUUAUAAUUUACUGAAUGCAGUUUUAAAUAAGGCACUGGAGUUGUGAUUGCUAAACUGGUUGUAAUGAGGCACUAACAUAGGCUAAAAAUUGUACAUGCAGAAAAUAUAUAAAUCCAUCUCUUCAACAGAGUUGACAAACAUGGGAACUUUUUCAUUUAAAAUGGUUAUUUAAAAAAGACAUAAAAUGGUUAUUUUGAAAUUAAGAUGAAAAUGUAUUCUCAUCUUAAUUUGUUUUUAAAAUUUGAGGAAAUAUUAUAUCACAUAAUGAGACAAGUACAUACAGCAAAAAUGUGGGAAAUAGUAGCAUAUUGAGAGUGUGUAUAUAUACUUAUGCCUUUCCCAGCCUGCCAGUAUAUUUGAUUUUGGAACAGUGCUAUCCUAGCAGCCAGUCAUUACUUUACCCCAUCCCACAACUAUCCUUUAAGAAGUUUUAUGAUCAUAGUGAAAAGAAUGUUGACUUUGAAAUUAUACAUUUAUAUUAAUGUCACUAUAAACCAAUGGGAAUAUUAAUUUUUACAUAAACUUGCUAAAUAUUGAGAGACUAAAUUACUAAGUUAAUAAAUUAUAUAGAGCAAUGUUGCUGUUCUCUCUAGAUGGUGUCUCGGUGGAUUUCUGUUGCAGUUGUUGGGCUUGGCAAUCUGGCUAAGUAUUUUGAAACACAUUUUGAAUAAUGUGGCUUAGUGUUAAUGGGGAAAUAAAAUAUGUUUUUUUAAUUUUUUAAUUUUUUUUUAUUACUCAUUUCAUCUUUGCUGUGUUUGGAAUUGAUCAUAAAAAUACACAGAAAAGGAAACAUCAGUUUGUAGUCUUGCUUUUGUAUUCACGUUGACAUCUCCUUUAUACUCAUUGCAUGUGAAGUUGACUCACUAUACUAGGCAGACCUAAAUGAAACAGUUACUGUUUUUCCUUAAUACUGUUUACAGACUUUUGGAAAUAUACAUGUAUGUACUUAAGUGGUAUUGAAAAAAUUAAUCACCCUGGCAAACCAUUGAUUUAUAAAGUAAAUGUUCUAAAACAAGGGGAAUAGAAAACUCACAGUUCUGUGUAAUGAGGAAGUUAAGCUCCACUUUUUGUUUGAAUUAUCCCAUAUAGAUCCAAAAGUUAAAUUUUUCUUUCCAUAAAAUUAUUUUGACCAUAUAGUCAUUUCACUCUUUUUCUUCUAUUAUACUUGGGAAGGUAAGCUAACUUAAUAAUUUAUGUUCCCGUAAGUAUCAUAGUUCUUUUGUGUGUGUACAUUUCCUUUUCUCUGACUUGAGAUUACAUUUUUAGAACAAUUUCUCAAUUAAAUUCUCAAGUUAACACUUUUUAUUACCAGAAUAACAUUACAAAUUCAUCAUUGCGUUGUUAGCAAAGACUGUGUUAUGAUUUAAACACAUUUACUGACUAUUGCCGAAUUAUUGUAACAGAACUAAUUAUUUGUACCCAGUAUACUUUGCUCUUCUCACUAUAGGAUGACACCUUUUUGCCUGAAAGCUUUCUAUGAUUUUAUUUGCACUGUUAAAUUCUACAUUUUAUAUUCUUUGUUUUCGCAUACUUCUUGGAUGUGCUAAAGGUUUCUUUGUGUAGUUCUUCUAUGCUAUGUAAUUUUUUUAGUAAAAGUAGUUGAUUUUCAUUUCUUAAAUGCAGCUUAUUGUUAACUACAGACACUACAAAUGUAUUGGUACAAGACAUUUAGCAGCUUAUUUGAGAUGGUCAAAACAUCAAAUUCGUUUUCUGAAAAAAUAUGCAUUAUCUGUAGAGUAUACUACAAACCAGGUAAUAUCAAGUUAAUCUUUUAAGAGCAGCAAUUUUCAACUGGUGUGCUGCAGAAUUUUUAGAAUGUAAUAACUGACUAUUAAGUCAGUGGCACUGACCACUUCUCCCUUAGAUUGUCAAAUAAAAAAUGACAACCAUCAAAUACAACAAUAGCCGUCUGGUGUGAAUGAAUAA